UUUUUCAAAGAUUUAAUUCUUUUCACCACUUUUAGGGUAAUAAUAACCCUUCCAUUUAUAAAAAUUUCUAAUGCUUUAUUUACUUCUCGGAGCCUUGUGGGUGUCACAAUUUGGAAAUAUUCUUUCCACCGCCAAUCGUCACUCUUCUAAUACAGCCUCUACAAAAUGUAGUCAACGCUUGUUUGAGGCAAAAGGGAAUCCAGCCCCAGGUUCUAAUGGUUUUAGUGUUGAAGUUAAUGAUGCCCCUCCUGGAUUGGAUGAAUUAAAUGAUGAUGGAGAUGAUGGGCUGGAGGGAUUAAAAUGGAAUAGUAGCGGGAUUCAACCAGACGGUUACAUUCCUGGCAAACAUUAUGUACUUACUGUUCGUGGAUGGAGAACACAAUUUAUUGUACAAACAUUUCGCGGUUUUGGGUUAACAGCCUUAUUUGAAGAUACUGGUAAAGCUGCUGGACAUUUUGAUGUCAAAAAAAAUCGGAAAGGCCGACGUGGAGAUGUUAGAAUAGCUCCAAAUUGUCGACAGGCAGGUGUUUCACAUACACAUUUAAGACCAAAAACAGAAGUUAGAAUACUUUGGAGAGCACCGGAAACUGAUGCUGGGGGUUGUAUUUUAUUCAGAGCGAGUGUCAUUCAAUCAAGACAAGUUUGGUAUUGGUUAGAAAAUGAAAUGACGAGGAAAUUUUGUCCAGCAGAGGGCCAUCAACUUGCUGUACCCAAAGACGAUCCAAACGCAGAAUGUUGUGCUUGUGAUGAAGCAGAAUACGACACCCUAUUUGUGGGUAUAUGGUCUAGAGAAACUCACCCAAAGGAUUAUCCAACUUUAGAACAUCUAACUCAUUUUACGGAUAUGUUAGGGGCUUCUCACAGCAAAAAUUAUUCUUUUUGGAGGUAUGGAGAAAUAGCUACAGACGGGGUAAAAGAAAUUGCAGAAUGGGGGAAUACUUAUAAAGGUGAAAGUGAAAUGAGGGGAAAUGCUAGUGAAAUACGUACAAUUUUGAAGAUGAAAGGACUUUGGUAUCCUGAAGUUCAAGGCAAAAGCACCGGUCAUUUCCACGUUAAUCGUUAUCACCAUCUGCUUUCGUUAGUUUCAAUGUUUGGGCCUUCGCCGGAUUGGUGUGUAGGUGUUUCUUCAAUUAAUUUAUGUCUUUCUGAUUGUUCAUGGGUUGAUGAAAGAGCUUUUGAUUUGCGACCAUUUGAUGCUGGGACAGAUAAUGGAUAUACUUAUAUGUCGCCCAACGAGCCAGCAGAACCUCGCAUCCCAGUUUCUCCAAUCACCACAAAAUCUGACCCUCGUUCACCUUUUUAUGACACCCAAAAUGAGGAAAUUGCUCCAUUGGCAAGGCUAGUACUUAAAAGAAAACGGAUAGUGCCGGGACAGUGCAGGCCUAUAGAAGAAUAUAGAAGAGAGGCACAAAAUAUAAGUAGCAGCACUUCUGAAGAUGCUGAAUAUAAAGAUAGAAGAGAAUGUGCUGUCAGUCAAUGGGGCUCGUGGUCUUUAUGUUCCGCUACAUGUGGAAAAGGCAUUCGAAUGCGUUCUAGAGUUUACACAUUCCCAGUAAAAGCACAAAUGUUCCAUUGUCAUCGACAAACAACAGAAAGACAAUUUUGUAACGCCAAACAAAGCGAAUGCGGAUCGGAUUCUGAUGCUUUUAAUUCUCGUUGUUUAGUAGGUGGUUGGACUGAUUGGACAGAAUGCACAGUCAAAUGUGGCCGUGGGACACGCAGCAGAGAACGCCAUUUAUUAAAUAAUUCCACCACUAUAAAAUGUAAUGUUGAAUUAAAUUCUGUAGAGGAAUGUAUAGGAGAGGAUGGAGAAGAUUGUUCAAUACAAGCAAAUCCUUUUUGUAAAACAACAAGUUGGAGUGAUUGGAGUCCGUGUAGUACUAGUUGUGAUGAAGGUGUGCGUGUUAGGACUAGAUUAUUUUAUUAUGCUGAACAUGAACAAGAAUGUUCAAAAUCCAAAAGUUUAAUGGAAAAAGACCGUUGCCGUGUGGCCGACUGUCGCCGUCUACAUAGUGCACAUUCUGACGAAAUUUGUGCUGAAGAGAAAGAAACGGGUCAAUGUUUAGGACAAUUUCCCCGUUACUGGUUUAAUAUAAAUUCUUCACAAUGUGAGCGAUUUGUAUAUAGUGGAUGUAAAGGAAAUCGAAAUCAAUUUGAAUCUGAAGAGGAAUGUAAACAAUUUUGUAUUCCAAAUUAUCGGCCAAUUAUUGCUUCUGGUGCCGAUUUGCUCAGUCCUUUUGGAGAAAAUAAUGAAGAAGAACAAGAACAACAAAAUGAUGGAGGCCCCUCAUUGGAUUGUGAACUGAGUGAAUGGAGUCCGUGGACUGAAUGUUCUUCGACCUGUGGGAGAGGAAAACGGAAUCGACAUAGAAAUGUUAAGACAUUUCCCCGGAAUGGAGGAAAUCGAUGUCCACCGAGAGAGCACCGUAUCCAGGAAAGGCAUUGUGAAAAUAGGCCUUGCGCUCCAAAUUCGUGUAGAAUUGGGCGUUGGUCUGUUUGGUCACCCUGUUCAGUCAAUUGUGGUGAGGGUUACCAAACAAGGAGGAGACGGGUUUAUCGAUAUGGAAUGAUAGACCCGGAUGACAGAAAUUGCCAAGCGGCAGAAUUAGAACAACGCCAAUGUGUUAUUCCCUGUCCCAAAAAGGAGCUGGAAGAAUGA